CUGGAAGGGAGAGUCGUUUCUGAGGAAGUGACUUUUAAGCUGAGGCCUGAAGGGUGACCUGAGGGAACUGCUCUGGGCCACCGGUCGCCGCGCGGCCCCUCAGGGCCUGGGACCCGGAGCCUGGACCGAAGCUGGGCGGGAAGGCCCGAGCCAGGGGCGGAGCCACCUCGGGAGCUGGAGCCGGAAAGCGGAAGCCGAGGGCUGUUGCCCGGUGGUCGGCGGAGCGGCUGUCGCCCAGCUCUCGGCAGGCUGGGUCGCGGCAGCCCGGCCCGGAGAAGACCAGCGCCGCCUCCGCCUCCUCCCCGGCUCCCGGGCCUUUGCACCUGCCUUUUCCAGCUGGGCACAAAGCCUUUUGCUGUCGCCGUGGCGACUGGCGGCCUAGCGAAGACCUCCUUCGCUUUUAAUCCCGCUCAUUUUCCAGUUCAUUCUCUGCUUAUUUUCUGGUCAGCUUGUGACCCUGUAGGUCGGGCUCGGACAGGCGAUCGAUUUGCUGCCCUCAGGGCGCUGGGCGGCCUGCGGCCUCCGAGGCUGGGGCGGCCUCCGCGGUCUCCAUGGUAACGGCCCCGCUGACGUCUGCGCCAAGGGGGGAAGAUGCGGCCUGCCGGGCCCGCCGCCUCGCCCCCGACCUCACGGUGGGACCCCGGCCACUGAGGACGAAGGUCCCGGGCGCCGGCUCGCAGGGCAGCGGGCAGCAGGUGAGCGCCCGACGCCGGGGAGCGAGGGAGGCGGGUGCCGGGCGGUUCCAGCAGCCGCCCUGCCCCUCCCCCGCACCCACGAACACGCUCGCCCGAAACAUUGCAGAGGUUUCACCGGUCGCCGCUGCGCCAGUUUUUUUGUUUGUUGUGUUUUCCCUGGCGAACUGCCGGUGGAAGAGACAGACAGCAGCUCAUGGAGAGGCUGAGAGAAGCGGUUUUCUACCCAAAUUGGGAGAAUAACCUUCAGCAGCUGGACUCACCGACUGGUUUUCCUUCAUUUUCAGUGAAAUCCCAUUCUCUGGCUGGAGACACAGAUGGCCUCAAAUGAGAGAGAUGCUAUAUCGUGGUACCAAAAGAAGAUUGGAGCAUACGAUCAGCAGAUAUGGGAAAAGUCAAUUGAACAGACUCAGAUUAAGAAGACCGGAUUGAAGCUUGCUUUCUGGAGAGGCUGAGCCAGAGAAGUUCUGGAUUCUGGAAGACCAGAAAGAAACCAGAGUCUGGUGAGAUGCUGCACUAAUGGGAUUAAGUGAAAGUCUGGUGGUCAGGUUUAUAACCUGCAAACAGAAGACUGGAAUUCCUUUUCGUCGAAACUGACUGACCAAAGAGAACCUAAGGAUACUGAAAAGUGAAAUGGCUGACCACCCCUCUAUAGUGAGGCCCACUAUUCAAAAUCCUUUGCCCGUUGCACACUGAGCUGAAUUAUAAAUGGAUAAUUAAAGAUCAUCAAAUAUUUAAGACCUAAAGAAAAGAGAAAAGCAAUGCAGGAAUCACAAGAUCAAAUAUAAUCACUACCUUUAAGGAACUGGAUACUAUAAAAAGACUGCAAUGUCUUCAGGAGAUCUAUUGUGUAACAUUGGUGACUGUAGUUAAUAAAAGUAUGUUGUAUUUUUGAAAAAUGCGAAAAUGGAUAUUAGGUAUUCUCACCACACAAAUAACCUUGCCAGGGUUUCAAAAACAAACCAAAAAAGAUGGGCCAUAUAAAGCCAGACUUGAUUGACGUUGACUUAAUCAGAGGCUCAACAUUUGCCAAAGCAAAACCUGAAAUUCCAUGGACAUCUCUGACUCGGAAGGGGCUUGUUCGAGUUGUAUUUUUUCCAUUGUUCAGCAAUUGGUGGAUUCAGGUUACCUCUUUAAGAAUCUUUGUUUGGCUGUUACUGCUUUAUUUCAUGCAAGUUAUAGCAAUUGUCUUAUAUUUGAUGAUGCCUAUUGUGAAUGUAAGUGAAGUACUUGGACCCUUGUGCCUUAUGCUACUCAUGGGAACUGUCCACUGUCAAAUUGUGUCUACUCAGUUAACGAGACCAUCAGGAAACAAUGGAAAUCGGAGAAGAAGAAAAUUACGAAAAACUGUAAAUGGUGAUGGGAGCCGAGAAAAUGGAAACAACUCCUCUGAUAAAGUCAGAGGAAUAGAAACUUUGGAAUCUGUACCUGUUAUUGGUGGUUUUUGGGAGACUAUCUUUGGCAACAGGUCAAUAACUCUUAGAUUUGCUGUUUUGAGGCUAUUUUCCAGAUCUUUUAGGAUUAAAAGAGUAAAAUUAAUAUCUAACAAAGGGACUGAAACUGACAAUGACCCAAGUUGUGUACCUCCUAUCAAGAAGAGACAAUGUCGACCAGAGAUUAGAAUGUGGCAAACAAGAGAGAAAGCAAAGUUUUCAGAUGGAGAAAAGUGCCGUAGGGAGGCUUUUAGGCAUUUGGGUAAUGGGGUAUCUGAUGACCUGUCAAGUGAGGAAGAUGGUGAAGCACGGACACAGAUGAUAUUAUUGCGUAGGAGUGUGGAAGGGGCCUCAAGUGACAAUGGUUGUGAAGUUAAGAAUAGAAAAUCAAUACUUUCAAGGCACCUAAACUCUCAGGUAAAGAAAACCACUACAAGGUGGUGUCAUAUUGUGCGGGAUUCAGAUAGUCUGGCAGAAUCAGAAUUUGAAUCAGCAGCCUUCAGCCAGUGCUCUAGAUCUGGUGUGAGUGGUGGCUCUCGAAGCCUCAACAUGUCAAGAAGAGACUCAGAAAGCACCCGCCAUGACUCGGAAACUGAAGAUAUGUUAUGGGAUGACCUGUUACAUGGCCCAGAGUGCCGGUCAUCUGUCACCAGUGACAGUGAGGGGGCCCAUAUGAAUACCCUUCACUCAGGGACCAAACGUGACCCCAAAGAGGAUGUUUUUCAGCAGAACCAUUUAUUCUGGCUUCAGAAUUCAAGUCCUGCCUCAGAUCGAGUUAGUGCAAUAAUCUGGGAAGGCAAUGAGUGCAAAAAAAUGGAUAUGUCUGUAUUGGAAAUAAGUGGCAUCAUCAUGAGCAGGGUCAAUGCAUAUCAGCAAGGAGUAGGUUAUCAGAUGCUGGGAAAUGUUGUCACUAUUGGAUUAGCAUUUUUUCCAUUCUUACAUCGACUUUUCCGUGAGAAGAACCUUGACCAACUGAAGUCCAUUUCAGCUGAGGAGAUCUUGACUCUCUUUUGUGGGGCACCACCUGUUAUACCUAUUAUUGUUUUGUCCAUAAUUAAUUUUUUUGAAAGAUUGUGUCUUACUUGGAUGUUUUUUUUCAUGAUGUGUGUGGCAGAGAGAACAUAUAAACAGAGAUUUUUAUUUGCAAAACUCUUCAGCCAUAUUACUUCUGCCAGGAAAGCUCGGAAAUAUGAAAUACCUCAUUUCAGACUUAAGAAGGUGGAGAAUAUUAAAAUAUGGUUAUCACUGCGUUCCUAUCUAAAGAGACGGGGGCCACAGCGCUCAGUUGAUGUGGUUGUAUCUUCAGUCUUCCUGCUGACACUUUCAAUUGCUUUCAUUUGUUGUGCUCAGGUUCUCCAAGGACAUAAAACUUUCCUGAAUGAUGCUUAUAACUGGGAGUUUUUGAUCUGGGAAACAGCUUUACUACUUUUCUUAUUGCGUCUGGCCUCAUUGGGGUCUGAAACCAAUAAGAAAUACAGCAAUGUUUCAAUAUUACUUACAGAACAGAUUAAUUUAUAUCUUAAGAUGGAAAAAAAGCCAAAUAAGAAAGAACAGCUUACUCUAGUAAACAAUGUAUUAAAGCUCUCUACCAAGUUGUUGAAAGAGCUGGACACACCAUUUAGACUCUAUGGACUGACAAUGAAUCCCUUAAUCUACAAUAUCACAAGAGUAGUUAUCCUUUCUGCUGUCUCAGGUGUUAUAAGUGAUCUUCUAGGAUUUAAUAUAAGACUGUGGAAAAUUAAAUCAUAAGCUGAGUUAAAUGCCCGGACUCUCCCCUGGCUGGUAUCAAUACUUACCCAUUAAGGAAAGAGAUGACUGCAGAAACCAGUGAGAUACCCACCUGCUUGUUCACAUGCACAGGUGCUCUCAGCUCUGCCAAUGAAUGGUGUUUCCAGAGGAACAAGGCCUUUGCCAACUGGGUGUGCAUGCUAAAAACCUGUAUUUUCAUGCUUUUCAAACAGUAUGAAUAGUCAGCCAACUAAAGACUGUGUGUUAUGGUAACACAAGGACAAUUUUCUAAUUAGGAAAUUUAUUCUGGGCACUUCAGUACUGUGACAGUUAUAUUUACAGGACAUAGUCUUUUGGGCAACUAUCGUAGAAGCCCAAAGCAUGAAGCAAAUAUCUUUUAUUGGAAAUUUGCAAAUUCAGUACUUUUUCAUUACAGCCUAUCGAAUUGGAGAUUUCAUUUCUCUAUCAAAGAGAGAUCAAGCAAACUAUUUUAGGUUAAAUCUGAAUAAAAGAACUUUACUGGA